GUUGACAACUCACCGACAUCCUGGAGACGUUUCCAACCUAUCCAAGACCACUGAGGUUGUACUGGUAUUUUGCUCAAUCCAUCUUGCUUGAAUAAUGAAUACUCCACAAAGCAUGUUUCUCGGCUGGGGCAGCCUGAUUGUUGCUGCUGGUGUUAGCUACUACUGGGCGAAGAAGGGUAUUGAUGAACGUCGUUUGGAACUAGCCAAGGCAGGUGCCAGACCGACGGAAAAGCUGGAUUGGCGUUCACGCAUCGAAAAGUAUGAUGGCCAGCCUGCACCUGUUCCUGCUGCAGUCGCGAGCGCAUCAGGUAACAAUCAUACCCCAGCGGUAGAUCAGUCUACGAGAAAGGAUAAUCCACCCUAAAUCAGUCUCAAGCCAUGUCCUUACCCUGUCUUGUGUAUAUCCAUCUACUCGGGUUCUCAGCU